UGAUCAACGAAUAACACAAGAUAUCGAGAAGAUGUGUUAUCAACUCGCGAUAAAUAUUCUCCCGAGCACGUUAAUAGGACCGCUGGUGAUUGGGUGGUAUACGUGGAAGACGUGGGAGAGUUCGGGUUAUUUGGGUGUUGGAAUAAUCUACGGAUAUUUUUUGUUGGGAACGGUGGUGAAUAAGGUGCUGCUGAGUCCGAUAGCGAAAUGGAGUGCGAGGGUGGAGAGGAGCGAGGGGGAUUUCAGGUAUAAGCACGUUUCGAUACGAAAUAACGCAGAAUCGGUGGCGUUGUAUAAUGCCGAGGGAUUCGAGGCAGAGCAAUGCCGCAGUCUAUUUAAUGAGCUGUUGGGGAGGCAGAUGGCAUUCAUGAAUUGGAAGUUGCCGAAUUUAUGUGGGUUAUUUGUUUAU